UUAUUUAAUCAGUUGCCUACAAGUUGAAUGUACAUACGCAUUGUAUUUAAAUUUCCCAACUUGUCUCGCUUCCGGGCACAAGUUUCCUGCCCUGAGACAGAACUCUGGCCGAGUCCGCUGUCACCGCAACAGCUGAAGCGGCUGGAUGGGCACCGGUACAGCGCGGCCGGGCGCUCCUUGCUCGACGCACCCUGCCAGCUCUUCUGGAACUGGCUCAUAGAGAGGAUCCCCACCAGGGUCGCGCCCAACACCUUGACCAUCACCGGCCUCCUUGUUAACAUUACCACGACUGUCAUACUAGUCUACUUCUGUCCGUCUGCAACGGAGGAGGGUCCAGGAUGGAUCUUUCUCCUUAGCGCCCUGGGUGUUUUCAUCUACCAAUCACUGGAUGCUAUCGAUGGGAAGCAGGCACGGAGGACUAACAGCAGCUCGGCCCUCGGGGAGCUCUUUGACCAUGGCUGUGAUGCUGUUUCCACAGUGUUUAUUGCUGUGGGAUCAUGCAUUUCCUGUGGAGUGGGGAUGUACCCUAACUGGAUGUUCUUCUGUGGCUUUGUGGGCAUGUUCAUGUUCUUCUGUGCACACUGGCAGACCUAUGUGUCCGGCACACUCCGCUUUGGCUUGCUGGAUGUGACUGAGGUCCAGAUUGCCAUCACCAUCAUGUAUAUAAUGACUGCGUUUGGAGGUGUGGGUUUAUGGGAGAAAAAGCUACCCAUUCUAGGCAUGAAACUGAGCACUCUUCCUACCCUGGGCAUAAUUGGUGGCUUCCUGUCCUCCACCUUCAACUACUUCCAGGUUAUUCUAAGUGGAGGUGUUGGCAAGAAUGGAUCCACAGUAGCAGGAACCAGUGUACUGUCUCCAGGGCUCCAUAUUGGUCUCAUCCUCACGCUGGCCUUUAUUAUUUUCAAGAAAUCCUCUAGUCAGCUAUUUGAACUCCACCCUUGUCUCUACAUCCUCACCUUUGGCCUUGUCAUUGCAAAGAUCUCCAACAAGCUAGUGGUGGCACAUAUGACCAGAAGUGAGCUCCACCUUCAGGAUACUGCCUUUAUUGGACCUGGACUCCUAUUCCUCAAUCAGUACUUCAGUAGCUUUGUAGACGAGUAUCUUGUUCUUUGGAUUGCAUUUUUCUUUUCCCUGGUGGAUCUGACACGCUACUGCACAGGUGUGUGCCUUCAAAUUGCUACCCAUCUGAAGAUCCAUGUCUUUAGCAUCACUCCACUGUCCAACAAUCAUCAUGAAUAAUGACAAGCCCUCCUGGAAAAAGCUUGGUCUAUGAGAGGGGAGACCAGAACCAAGACCUCUGAUACAUUGCUGCAGCUGGAAAAGGGACUGAUACCAUAUAUCAGGGGUGCCCAACCCUUUUUAACUCAAGAUUUACUUUUCAAGUGGCCAGUUUGCCGAGAUCUAAAUAGGAAAUAGGAAGCCAUAACUAUUACUCUUUUACUCUAUUAUUACUCUAGCUUUUGCCUUUCUACAUAGUUAACAUGCAUGCAGCAAAUCCAGACAAAUCCAGGUAAUUCUCCCAAUUGAACAAGUGUAAAAUAUUUCUGCUGGCACUGGGAAGAUGCAGCUAGGUAAAAAUUGACUGCUGUGCUGCUAACGACUUUUCAGUUGUCGCACUUUUCGGCUGCGCAUGGCUGUUUUAACAGGAAACUCGGUCUCGUAGCUUUUGUGCAUCGUUUUGAAAUGCUGCUCCAAAUUGCCCUUCUUCGGUAAGGCCACGCUCACAUUGCAUAUAAGACAUAUGGACUUUGAAUUUGAGUAAACAAAAAAAAUAAUCCUCUUCCCACUCUGAAUGAAAAUGACACGUUUUUGAUGUUUUGGCUUGUUUGUGUGCUAAAUGUGUACUGUACACGAUUAGUUGCACACUGAAAAAUAGGCGUGCGCGCAAGUGCACGGAUGCUUGUGAUCUGUGUUGGGAAGAUUACUUUGGAAAUGUAAUUCGUUACAAGUUACUCUAUUUAAAAUGUAAUAGUAGUGUAUCUAUUUCAAUUACUAUAUGAAAGUAAUGUAACUGAUUACAUUUGAUUACUUUUUGAUUACUUUUGUAAAUUAUGAAUGAAUAUUCUCUACUGUUAACUAUUUAUGAAUAAGACCUGGUAGUGUUUACCUUACAGCAGUACUAAACACUGUCAAACUCCUUUCAAUACAUAAAUUAACAUGAUUAUAAUUGAUCAAUUUAAUAAAGAUACCAAACAUACCA